AUGCCCUGCUCUGACCCCCCUCGCCAUGACACUGCUAAAACGAUCGCUGAAGCCCAAGGUCUGAGUCUCUCCAUGAAGAUGCUCACCGGAGAUGUAGUCGGCAUUGCUCGUGAAACAGCUCGCCAACUUGGUCUAGGAACCAACAUCUACAAUGCUGAGCGCUUGGCGUCACUGGCGCCGGCAAGAUGCCUGGUUCCGAGAUCAACGAUUUGGUUGAAGCUGCGGACGGAUUUGCAGAUGUGUUCCCUCAACACAUACAGUGUGGUGGAAAUCCUUCAGCGGCGUGGCUACCUCGUGGCGAUGACCGCUGACGGUGUGAACGAUGCUGCUUCGCUCAAGAAAGCAGACACAGGUAUUGCUGUCGAAGGUGCUUCUGACGCGGCACGCUCGGCUGCUGACAAUGUUUUUCUGGCUCCUGGUCUGUCCGCGAUCAUUGGCGCAAUCAAGACUUCUCGUCAAAUCUUUCACCGAAUGUAUGCAUAUGUCGUUUCUCGCAUUGCCUUGUCAAACCACCUGGAGCUACUUCUGGGACUCUGGAUGGUGAUCAUGAAUGAGACUCUCGAUCUGCGCUUAAUUUUUUUCUCGCCAUACUUGCAGAUAUUGCGACGUUGA